AUGUCUGUAACAGCAGCAAGUACUGCACCUCCACUUCCUAAUCUAAGUUCUAUUUCUGCUAUUGGUAGUUGGGCUGAAGCUGUCGAACAGGAAACUCUAGGUGGAGCUCAUGAAUCAACAAAAGAUGGAAUCAAAAUUGUUACCGAUAUUAUAUCUGACGAUACCGGCAAAUAUAAGGUUGUAACAACUUUUAAAGUUGUAACGAAAAAGGUGUCAAGACCGAUAGCAGAACGGAAGAAAUGGAAGAAAUUCGGACAGUGUAAGAAUGAUGGUCCUGGACCGCAUGUGUCCACAACUUAUGUGGCUGAAGAAGUGCUUAUGCAAUUCAUUAGGAAUCGCGCUGGUGAACAACAACUCGAUAUCGGUGAUGAAGGAACUAAGGUUACAGCGACAGCUGGAGGAUCAUUCACUCAUUGUCGCUAUUGCAAAUCAGACGAGCACUGGUCUGUGAGUUGUCCAUACAAGUCAAUGUAUGCGAAAGAUGAUGAAGAGGAUCUAGAAAGUAAAGAGAAAGAUACAAAACUUGGUCCAACAGCACCGGGAUCAGGCAAGUAUGUAGCACCGGGGAUGCGUGGAGAUCGUCCAACGAUUACAGGUGGUGCAGAAAGGAGAUCCGAGGAAAAUACAUGCAGAGUUACAAAUUUGCCGGAAGAGUGUGAUGAAAUGGAACUCCGUGGUUUGUUUGGCACUGUGGGUACCGUAAAUCGAGUCUUUAUUGCAAAAGAUAAACACACGAAUAAACCGAAAGGAUUCGCUUUUGUCACAUUUGAACAUCGCAGUCAAACAGAAACUGCAAUACAGAAAUUGAAUGGAUAUAAGCUGGAUCAUCUCGUGCUGAAAGUCGAAUGGACAAGGACAUACUACGACAGUGGAACUCGAUUGUGUGGAAUGGGUUUGCUUACAAUUUUGAAGAAGCAACGUUUAAAAGAGAAAGAGCUGCGGAUAUUAGUUCUUGGUCUCGAUAACGGUGGAAAAACUACUAUCCUGAAAAAGCUAAAUGGUGAAGAAAUCAGUGAAAUUGCACCAACUUUUGGUUUUAAUAUUAAAACACUAAAAUAUAAAGAUAUGAAGUUGAACAUGUGGGACGUUGGUGGACAAAAAAGUUUACGGUCAUAUUGGCGAAAUUAUUUCGAACAAACAGACGGUGUUAUAUGGGUUGUUGAUUCAGCUGACAUUGAUAGAAUGGAUGAUUGUAAACGUGAACUUAGUUCAUUACUGAUUUAUUCGCAGGAAUAUACUUCCAAUUCUUAUCCUUCGAGUAUUGGUUUAAUUUAUUUCCAUGUUGGUUAUGCAUGCGAUGUGGAAGAAAGAUUAGCCGGAGCAUCGCUCUUGGUUCUUGCCAACAAACAAGAUUUAUCAUCCAGUGCAAGCUCAGAAGAAAUUGAACAAUUGUUGGGUUUGCGCAACUUAAAGUCACAUCACUGGAACAUAUAUGGAUGCAGUGCAUUUACUGGCGAAAAUCUUCUUGAAGCAAUUGACUGGUUAUGUGCUGAUAUCUCUUGUCGGUUAUUUACGUUCGAUUAG